CAAAAUAAAAUAAAAUAAAAUAAGAGUGAGGGCCAUAUUUAUACCUUACUCUCAUGUACCCUGUCUCCUCUUCUUUAAACCCUAGACCCUAAUUCUCUGCCUCUUUCACCACCUCCUCCAUAAGCGGCUGCAACUCCUUGGAGGAUAAUCUGAAAGAAUCAAGAAAAUGUUAGUGCUUUUUGAAACCCCCGCGGGUUUUGCCCUUUUUAAAGUAUUGGAUGAAGGAAAGCUCUCCAAAGUUGAUGAUCUGUGGAAGGACUUCUCAUCUGCAGACGCAGCCAGACAGGUGGUAAAGCUAAAAGCCUUUUCGAAGUUUGAGAACACAUCAGAAGCACUCUCAGCAGCUACCCUGUUAAUUGACAGCAAACCCAGCAAAGGUCUGCGCAAGUUCUUGCGUUCUCAUUGUGAUGGCGAGACAUUGGCUGUUGCAGACUCCAAACUUGGAAACGCCAUCAAAGAAAAACUACAAAUCGAAUGUGUUCACAACCACACUGUCAUGGAACUUAUGAGAGGAGUCAGAAGUCAAUUGACAGAACUUAUAACCGGUUUAGGCGCACAAGAUUUAGCCCCAAUGAGCUUGGGUUUAUCUCACAGUUUGUCUAGAUACAAACUUAAGUUCAGCCCAGACAAAGUGGACACCAUGAUCAUUCAAGCUAUUGGCUUGUUAGAUGAUCUUGAUAAAGAGCUCAACACCUAUGCAAUGAGGGUGCGUGAAUGGUAUGGAUGGCAUUUUCCAGAACUUGCUAAAAUCGUACAAGACAAUAUCUUAUAUGCCAAGGCAGUCAAACUCAUGGGUUAUCGCACAAAUGCUGCAAAACUUGAUUUCUCUGGGAUACUACAAGAAGAGGUGGAGACAGAACUAAAAGAGGCAGCUGUGGUUUCCAUGGGAACUGAAGUGAGUGACCUUGACUUGGUCAACAUCAAGGACUUAUGUGACCAAGUGUUGUCUCUUUCAGAAUACAGAGCUCAACUUUAUGAUUAUUUGAAGAGCAGGAUGAAUACAAUUGCCCCUAAUUUAACUGCCAUUGUUGGAGAGCUUGUUGGAGCUCGAUUGAUUGCUCAUGGUGGUAGUUUGUUGAAUCUUGCAAAACAGCCUGGAAGUACAGUUCAGAUUCUUGGAGCUGAAAAGGCUCUUUUUAGGGCUUUGAAGACAAAACAUGCAACACCUAAAUAUGGUCUUAUUUAUCAUGCAAGUUUAAUAGGUCAAGCUGCACCAAAACAUAAGGGAAAGAUUUCACGUUCUCUUGCUGCUAAAACAGCUUUAGCAAUUCGAUAUGAUGCUCUUGGAGAUAGUCAAGAUAAUUCUAUGGGAAUGGAGAAUCGUCUCAAGCUUGAAGCUAGAUUGAGAAGUCUUGAAGGGCGAGAACUUGGGAAGUCUGCUGGAUCAACUAAAGGGAAGCCUAAGAUUGAGGUUUAUAAUAAGGAUCUCAAGAAAGGAGAUGGAGCUAUGAUCACUCCUGCAAAGACUUAUAAUGUGGCAGCAGAUUCUGUUCUUGGGAGGAUGGAAGCAGAGGCUGAGGAAGAUGAAGAGAUGGUGGCAGCCAUUGAUGAGGGAAAGAAAGAUAAAAAGAAGAAGAAAAAGAAGGAGGAGGGUGUUGAAGAUGAAGUGGAGGGCAGUGAUGGAAAGAAAGACAAAAAGAAGAAGAAAAAGAAGGGUGGUGAUGAUGCUGAUGAAGUGGUGGUGGUGGUGAAUGAGGAAGAUGGUGAUAAAAAGAAAGAUAAAAAGAAAAAGAAAAAGAAAGAUGGUGAUGAUGAAGUGGAGAAGGAAGAGGAGAAUGUUGAGGUUGAAGGGAAGAAGAAAAAGAAGAGAAAACAUGGUGAAACUGAAGGAGAAACUGAAAAGGGAAGUAAGAAGAAAGAUAAGAAAAAGAAGAAGGUAGAAGAGUAGUAGUAAGAGUGUUAAGGUUUAAAUAGAAGAGUUUGGAAAAUUUUGAGAAAAAACAAAACAGGUUUAAUGUGGAUGUGGAUGUUUGUAGAACGUUGUUAUUUGCCCUUAUUGUGGUAAUGUUGGUUUUGCCUUUCCUGCAAAGUGGCAGCAGAUGGAUGGAUUUUUAA